UUAUGCAAGCGAUAAAGCUUACUCUGCACGUGUAUAUGUGUGUAAGUAUGUAAAUAAAGAAUAGAGCAUCCGACGACAAGACUCAAACAAGUGGCUUCAGUUCGCGAUAAUAAAACAUUGACUCGCAAGGCCCUUAAGGAUGGAGCAUGUCUUGGAACUUCUUGUGGUGCUCAGUCAAGUGCUCUUGUUGAUCCAAUCUAAGACAAUUGGUGAAUAUCUCGCUGAGCGCAAUGAGGUCCUGGAGAAGGAAGAUCAAUCCUACCUUGGUUCAGAUCUUGCCCUGACUUUGGAAGAGAUUCAGUUCAACCAAGUUCUCAUGGAUGCCAAGUUUAAGGAGCUUGACGAGGCAUUCCAGCUGUCGCACUUUCCGCCAAGUCAACAUUUCUUCCUCGCCAAACCUCAGAUAGAAGCCUCCACAGUGUUCCAAAUUAUUCGGCAAAUGCCCAAAGGAGGGAACUUACACACCCAUGACCUUUCAAUCGUCUCUUUAGAUUGGGUCAUUGCCAAUAUUACGUAUCAACCAAAUCUACUCAUGUGCAUCAAGCCAACAGACGAAAACCUUAUUUUCUCAUGGCUCCCAUUUCCCUCGAACCCGCCAAAUUGUGACUGGCUCAAUGUGGCAGAAGAACGAAGAAAAGUAGAUCCAGUCGUUUUUGAUCGCUAUUUAAGGAGUUUUUUAUCCUUGGAGGUCUCUGAUCCGUAUGAUACCUACCCAGACAUCAACCGAGUGUGGCAAAAGUUUUUCAAAACCUGGGAUACAAUACAUUCGCUGAUUUCCUCCAAGCCCAUUCUCAGGGACUACAUUUGGCAAGCCAUGACGGAAAUGCUUCAGGAUAAUGUCCAACUCCUCGAGAUUCGGACCUUUCUUGACGCCCAAUACUGUACCAACAAUGUCACAUGCGAUCCCAUGAGCUCUACGGACAUUCUCGACUUCUUCCAAGAGAUCUCUACCGAGUUUAGCUCGGCAAAUCCCGAUUUCUGUGGCCUCAACAUAAUUCUCUCUCGUUCAAGGAUUAACGAUGACCUUGAAGACUUCCCAUCCUGGUUAGCUUCCAUCGGCGAUUAUCAAAAGAUGUAUCCGGAUCUAAUUGCUGGCAUGGAUAUCAUGGGACAAGAAGACCUUGGCACCUAUCUCGUGGCAUACGCUGAGGAUAUUCUGGCCAUCAAGGAGACAUACCCGAACCUAGAGUUCUUCUUCCAUGCCGGCGAGACCAACUGGCAAGGCCAAGCAACCGACAAAAACAUCAUUGAUGGCAUCCUAUUGGGGGCCUCACGGUUAGGUCAUGGAUACGCCAUAACUCGGCAUCCCGAAGCAUGGCAAAUGGCCUUGGAUCAAAAUGUGGCCAUUGAGAUCUGUCCUCUAUCCAACCAGGUCUUGACUUUGGUCCACGACCUUCGAAACCAUCCUGCCUCAGUGUUGAUCCAAUCCAACUUUACAGGAUUGGUGAUAGCCAGUGACGAUGUGGCCAUGUGGGGUGGGCGCGGUUUGAGCUUUGAUUUUUACGAGACUUUCAUGGGUUUGGCUGGGAGGGACAUGGAUUUGCGACUCCUGAAGAAGUUGUCUCUCAACUCUAUAGAGUACAGUGCGCUCCGCGGGGAUAGAAAAAGACAGUGCUUGAUGAAGUUCGAGAACAAAUGGGAGGAUUUUUUGUCGAGCUAUAUUUCUCCUGUUGAUUAAAAUCACCUCCCAAUUCAACGCA